AUGUUUCCUUUCUUUUUUUUUGCAUUUUCUUUUUUCUUUUCUUUCUUUCUUUCUUUCUUUCUUUCUUUCCAUUUCCUGUUACUGAUUCUAACUGCAUGUAUUCCUUUCUUUUUUUUUUUUUGCAUUUGUAUUUUCUUUCUUUCUUUUUUUCUUUCUUUCUUUUCUUUUCUUUCUUUCUUUCUGCUAUUUCCUGUUACUGAUUCUAACUUACAUAUUAUUUCUUUUCUUUCUUUUUGCAUUUGUAUUUUUCUUUCUUUUUUUCUUUCUUUUUUCUUUCUUUCUUUCUUUCUGCUAUUUCCUGUUACUGAUUCUAACUACAUGUAUUUCCUUUCUUUCUUUUUUGCAUUUGUAUUUUUUCUUUUUUCUUUCUUUCUUUCUUUCCUUUCUUUCAUUUUUUUGAUUCUAACUGCAUAUAUUCCUUUCUUUCUUUUUUUGCAAUUGUAUUUUCUUUCUUUCUUUCUUUCUUUCUUUUUUCUUUCUUUCUUUCUACCAUUUCCUGUUACUGAUUCUAACUGCAUGUAUUCCUUUCUUUCUUUUUUUGGCAUUUGUAUUUUUUUUUCUUUCUUUCUUUCUUUCUUUCUUUCUUUCUACCAUUUCUGUUACUGA